UUUGCCGAGCAACGCGUGCUUUUUUUUUGCAAUAAAUUGAACUUUUGGCAAUCCGACAGGUAUCCACCGGUAGAUUUCGAAAGAAAUGGGUGAUGUUACGGGUCUGAGCAAUGCAGAAGCCGACGAGCUGUGCAAAAAACCAGAUGCUGCAACCAAGGACUUUCUGUUCCAACAAACCAUGUACCGCAUCAAGGAUCCACGCAAAUCGCUGCCUUUUUAUACGGGAGUUCUGGGCAUGACGCUGCUGGUGAAAUUGGACUUUCCGGAGGCAAAGUUUUCCCUCUACUUCAUGGGCUAUGAAAACCCCGCCGAUGUGCCCAAAGAUCCCAAGGAGCGACGAAGCUGGGCAAUGAGCCGCAAGGCCACCAUUGAAUUGACGCACAACUGGGGCACUGAAUACGAUCCGGAUCAAAGCUAUCACACGGGCAACAGCGAGCCUCGCGGCUAUGGUCACAUCGGUCUGAUGGUACCCGAUGUCUAUGCUGCCUGCAAACGCUUCCAGGAGCAGGGCGUGGAGUUUGUCAAGAAGCCCGACGAUGGCCGCAUGAAGGGUCUGGCUUUCAUCAAGGACCCGGAUGGCUACUGGAUUGAGAUUUUCAAUGCCAAUACCGUGCCGAACUAGAGCAGGGCCAUAUUCAGUUUUAAAUUCUUUUGCACAUUUGUUUUUUUAACCAAUUUUUACACACUUGUUUAUGCUCGUUUUUUUCUAUUUUUCGUAAAGGCAUUGCAGUUGAAUUUCGCAGUAAAUGUUUGUAAUAAAAUCACAAGCCGUA